AUGAAGCUGAGAUUCAAUUCCAUUUUCCUUGUCGCUGCUAUGGCAGGAAGUGAGGCCUUCCAAGUGUUGGAUACCCCUCGAAAGAACAAUGCGUGCCGUCUGCAUGCUGGCUCUGAAAGUGCUGAUACUGGAGAAAACGAGGCAAUGUCAUUCCUUAGGAAGAUUGGAAAAGUGGGAGGUGUGGCAAAUGUCGACUUUACAAAUGUCAUGGGAGUAGACGAAGGCCCUGCUGGAAAGACGAUUGGCGGCGGAGGAACAAAACCAAUGCGAAAGGCAAAGAGCGCCUACACAGCCGUCACUGUGGACGGAUUGGUGGACGAUUUAUCCGAACCCUUCCCGGUAUCCAGUUCAGGGACCCAGUGGGCUGGAUUCACUGAUCAAGUGAUGGGUGGUCGAUCAUCAGGAAGCAUCACUCGAGAGGUUAUGGAUGGAAAACUUGCUAAUGUGUUGAGAGGAAAAGUCAGCUUGGAAAAUAAUGGUGGAUUUGUGCAGAUGGCAACUGAUCUGGCUUUGGAUCCGUCGGUGUCCAGAACAGUUGACAUGUCAAAUUAUGACGGAGUUGAAUUGGAGGUCAUCUACAAAGGGGAUCGAGAGCAAGAAGACUUCAAUAUACAUCUCAAGAACGAUAACUGCGACCGACAAUUCUCUUCGUACCGAGGGACGUUUUCAAUCCCCAACGGUGAAUGGACUACGGUACGAAUGCCGUUUUCUGACUUCAUUGGCAAGGGUCCCGGAGCCGAGGAAGCGCCCUUCGAUCCGUCGACCCUUAGGAGGAUUGGCGUAGUCGCAAUUGGUAGAGAAAUGGAGGUCACUCUGGGCCUUGCUGGUUUGAAGUUCUACAGCGUGCUCUAA